GCCAUAUCGACAUCAAGCACCGCGACGAAGCUGUUGAACUUUUGGUCAACCUAUUGAUUUUGCCAAGUCGUCGCCAUUUUAUUAAGUGCCCAAAUACCCAGCAGUCACCCCUAGUCAAAUCCCCAUGUUCGGUAUUUUGCCUCCUUCUCUGGCCACAUGAACGUAGUCCGAAUACAUUCUCGCGCACUAAUCAUUGUGCGUGUGCGCGCCACGGCAUGGGCACCACGAGCGCUGCGGAUCUGUCAGCUUUGACACGUUAACAGCUCGUGCGCAGACGUACAGCUCAAGCUGAGCCAUUACUGGCGGGAGCAAUGUUAACUUUCCCCGGGAGAAGUGGGCAGAAGCAGAUCCGUAAGAAGAGUCCGCCACCUAGCUGCGGAGACAGACAUCUUUGAACUACGUGAUUAUGAAAACACCCGCGCCAAUGUUGUUCCACAGUGAGCGCUGCUCUCGGAUGAUUCUCAAAGUGGCUUUUGGGGGUGUUUUCACCUUCGCUGGUCACAUUAUGUAAUCAAAGCCAAAUCUAAUGCACCACAAGCGGCGGGAUCGUUGCUGCAAGCGACAGAGCAGAACAGUAACACCUUCACCUCAUCUUAAACGCAGUUGGCUCUGGGACGCGCUUUCGGCUAAAGCCUUAAAGACAAGAAACGGCCGAAGAAGGAUCCCAUUUGCGCUUGGAUUUGUCCAUCUUUUUAGUUGUAAAUAUCUGGACCCUUCACACCUGCAGUCUACUUUUAGUUGGUGACGUAACUCAUUUCAAGGAGGCUGCCUAAAAGUGAAUGCCAAAAGCAUUUUAAUCUCCCCCGUCUUCUCUGAUGGACCAGAGAGUGAAGGGGGGCAGCCCUCCAAAAGCCUCUGUAGAUGCCACAUCUGCACCCAAAGGCUCAGAGAAGGACCAUGUGCCAGAGAAGAAGCGUAAAGCCGGAGCAGAGGAGGAAAGUGGGGACAAGGGGGCAGUGCUGGAGCUGCUCAUCGAGGGGCGCUGUGGGACCAAGGGAGAUCAGCAGCUCCAGAUCUCAGGCAAAGACACAAGCUGCCCCGAGGGGAAUGUGAGACUCCGAAUCGGACUCCAGGCCAAACGCACCAAGAAGCCGCCCAAGAUCUUAGAGAGCUAUGUGUGCAAGCCCACUAUAAGAACCUAUCAGAGGCAGGGCAGGGGGGCGCUGAGGGGGGAGGCAGAGGGGGGAGUGGGUCACCAGAGCAAAACCAGCUCCAGUGCAGAUGAAGCGACCAGCAAAGAGCAACACUCGGGCUUGGAUAGUGUCCAGACCACCUCCAAACAAACAGCAUCUGCUCCGCCAGUCGCACCAUCGUCAUUAUCAACAUCAUCAUCAACAACAACAACAACAUCACUGCAGCCACUGCCCUCAGCUCCCACCACAGCCUCUGCCUCUGCAGCUUCAGCUCAGAGGAGCAAGUCCACCAGUCAGGUCCCAAUCAAACUGGCUGAAAAGGCUGAUGUUGUUUCAAAUGGUACAUCAGAGAAAGUGAAGAAAAGUUCAUUAGUGAAUGGUCUGUCGGCUGCACAUAAAAGCUCCUCGCCCAAAACUGACAGUAAAUCUCAAAUCCCAUCUCCAAAAUCCUCCCAAACGGAGGAAAUAAAGACUGAAACGAGCACCGGCAAGAAACAUAAUGGCUUGGUGCAGGCAUCCAAACACAAGGGACUAUCAAAUGAGAAAGGGACUGUCAACAUCAGCAAUGCAUCUUCUGAAAAAGUCAAAUCUGGAAAACAUAAUACUACUCCAUCCAUCUCUUCAACGGCAAAAUUGACAGCAGACAGCUCUCAAAAAGAACCGUCAAAUAACAGCAAAUCUCCAUCCAUCUCCACUGUCACCCCCUCGUCUCCGAUCACCUCCCAACCUCAAGAUGAUCCUUUAAUGCAGCCUAUGGUAGAAAAAAGAAAAGACAAAAAGAAGAAGUCUAAGAAAGAAAAACGAAAGGAUAGAAAAUCAAAGCGUGACAGAUUAGAGGGAGAAAGGGCAAAGAGUCGCAGCGAGGAGAGCAAGACGAAGAAGGAGAGAGGGAGAGAGGAUCGGCAUAAAUCUAAUGAUGUUAAAAAAGAACAAGCCCCCAGUAAAAAUGACAAAACGUCAAGCCAGGAGUGUCAAGUUGAAAAUACAGAAAGUAAUGCAGACAUUGGUAGUUGUACGAUAGAAGAAGUUAUAUGUGAUACUAGACAAGAUGAUAACUCUAUAGACAUAAAAGGCAGGGAAGCUGAUCCAGUGGAAACAACAGGUGAUAACAGUAAAUCAAAAGACCAGGACACUUUGAGAAAUUCGCCUCCGGUCCAAUCCAUAUCCACGCCUCCCGCCUCUUUGCCCCCUCUCUCUGCCCCCUCCUCCCCUCCAGAACAAGACAGCCGCCCGCUAAAGAAACGAAAAGCCCGCAGGCCCAGCUGGACAAAGUUGGUGCACCGAGCUCAGAAAGCGGAAAAUCAUGAAGCCACUUUGGAUUCCCAGCGUAAUCCCUCUCUCAGUUUUCCCCAGAACCCAAAGACAUCCCUUAAUCCCAAUGAGUCACAUGCAGCCACUUCCAGCACUGUUCCCAAAAGCUCCUCCCCUCCGUCUACUCUAACUAGGUCUCCAUCUCCAAAACAGACAAACCCAGAGCCUGUUACAUGUGCCACGAAAACUCCACCAACCCCAACUCGUAAAAGAGGACGGCCUAAAUCGCAAUCUGGCAGCUCCAAUGAACCUCCUCCAAAACUUUCCCCAAAUGUUACCCCCACACAGGUGCCUAUUCCUGGACAGGACAGACCACCUACUCCAGUGCAGCUAUGUCCCACAGAGAGUAGACCCAGCCCAAGAAAGCGAGGUCGCCCUCCAAAGCGCCCGCUCCAAAACGAUGACCAGCAUAGCUCCAAUGCACUGAGUGACCAUGGUGACAAGAAAAGGAGUGUUCCCAUGUAUGAAAACAGGCAGCUAAACAUCAGGAGGUUGAUAAAUGAGAUGAAGAAGCGAAAAAAGAAGAGGUUUCACAAGGUUAUGUCAUCGGUGUUUGUGGCAAAAGAUGCUAAAUCGAUAGAGGCUACAACAGUACAAACACUCUCAUCUCUGUCCAGCUCCUUAGGGGGUAAGUUUGGUCCUCAAAUUAAUGUCAGCAAAAGAGGAACUAUCUACAUGGGAAAGAGGAGAGGACGAAAACCAAAAGUGCAAAGCGGCAUCUCCCACAGCUCCCCUCAGCCGUCUCUGUUCACCAGUGCUCCAGAAACGUCUCUCUUUUCGCAGCCUCCCCCCUCUCACCCCUUCCCCUCCCCUUCGCUCACCCACUCAAGCGGAGCCCAGAGCCCUUACAGCGAACACAGCUUCGCCGACCCAUCCCCGUGUCUGCUCUUCUCUCAACCUUUCUCCUUGCCCUCCCCCUCCUCCUCCUGCACCUCCCCGCGACCCCCCUCCUCAUCCUCGCUCUCUUCGUUUGUGAGGAAGAGUUGUCCUUGCCAGGGCAGACCUCACUUCCCAUUCCACCAGUCGACAUGUAAGCUCUCCACUCCCACAACUUCACUGCAGCACGCACCUGGCUCUCCUCCGGGCCACCUGAAAGAGGCCACUACAUCCCCCAGGAGUGAGUCCCAUAGCGAGGAGACUUUGCCUAGCGACAGUGGAAUCGGGACGGAUAACAACAGCAUAUGCGAGCGCGGAGAGAUGCGAGGAUCCAGAGGGAUGCUAAGAGUAGGUCACUCCUCCGGGAUUGUCUUAAGCAGUCAAAAACAUCCUGCUUCUAUCUUGGAACACCCGUCUGCUGUCUCCCCUCCACUACUGUCCCGACACCCCAAUCCAAAUGCGCAUAGGGACCGGCACAGGCACAGACGUCGAGAUUUUGACUGCUCCUCUUCUUGCUCGUGCCUGUGCGCAUGUUCUGGGCAAAGUAAAUGCAUUCAGUCAGACUUUUACUCCUGCCACAACGCACUGAAAAGACAGAAAGGUAAACAUAAGAAGAAGCACCAGCAAAUGCAAAUGCAAGAUCCAGAAUUUCUAUCAGAGUUAGAAGAUCUCAUCGUGUUGUUUAGUGAGAUGCACAUUGGGCGGAGAAGUUGGGCAAGGGCUGGUCUUGUCCAUGGUUUUGAAGGGGGUAGUCCUGGGGGGAGAAGGCACCACUCCUCCCACUCAAUGCGCUCCAAUAUAUUUCGCAUAAACUUAAAUGGAUUCUACUCACCUCACCCCUCCACCUACCCACACAACCCCUCUUUCCCAACUCAGCCUUUCUACUCCUGCCAUCCAGUGCAUUGUAAUCGCAAGCUUGAUCGAAGACAGUGCGGUUGUUCAUCAAAAUUUCAAGAUUCAAUUGAAAACAUGUACAGGAGUUACCCGAGCCUUUACAACCAUCUUCCUAACUCGUAUCCUCUACCUUCUGCUAGUCAAUUCGCUCUGCACCAAUCUCCCCAUUUCUUGCUCAAUCCAGCUCGUUUUCACAGGCGUAGGAACAGACUUCUGCGAGACGGGGGUAUCGGAGGUGAAGAAAGUCCAAGGGGGAGCGGCCAUGCUGGAUCAGGCCUCCCGUCAAACUUCUCCUGUGGGUGUGGGAGAAGCGAACACAAGCAUAAACACAAGCAUCGCCACCGACAUUGCGACGAAGAGGAUGAGUUGCAGGAAGAUGAGGUGGAGAGGGAGAGAUUUGGUUCAAAGCAAAGAUCAGGGUUCAUUUUCAGGCCAGAAGAAAUCGGAAGAAAAACGGCAAGGGGGUUAGGUAGCAUGCUGUCCAAAGAAUCACCCUGGUCACGCCAGAAUGGAUCCGAUUGUUUCUCGUCUGUUGCUGCAUCUUCGUCAACUGAAAGAUUUAAGCAGAUACCGUUAACAUCUGUUGGUUUGGGGUCUACACAUCUGUCGUCUUUUGGGGGAGGCUGGGGCGCCCUGGGACAUAGCUGGACAAAAUACAGCAGCCUAGGAGGGACGACGUUUGGAAGUUGGACAGGCUUCAAUAGUGAAAAGCAGCAAACAAACAAAACAGUUGCGGCAGGUGUGGAGGACGAUGAUGAUGAUGAAGAAGAAGAAGAGGAAGAUGAAGAAGAGUCAGAAUCAGUUUACAGGACAUCACCGGCACCAGUACACACAAACCUGUUCACAACCGCAGCUAUGGAGACCGGCACGAGGGGGCUGAGGUGGGGAGGGGACAAGCCGUGGAGGAGGGAUGAGCCAGCCUGGAUGGAGAUGAGAGAAACAGGUUCACACCGUGAUUCAAGAAACUGGGGGUCACAGAAAACUGUACCAUCUUCAGACAAUGGGUCAGUUCAUAAAAGGCGACCAGGGAGGCCCAGGAAGCACCCACUCCCAUCUGAAGCUUCUCCCCCAGCACACUCCACCACCUCUGGGUUUAAGUCAGUGCCUGAAGUGCAGGCUGGCACCGAGGCAGCGAGGAGAGAGAGAACAGAACCAGGGCUCCUGACAGAGGCCCAGCUGCAGGCCAAGAAGAAGAAGAGCCGCCAGAGGAGACACAGCCCCUCCCCUCCUCAUCAGAGUGUCACUGAGGACAGGGCAGAGAGUGAGUCGCCCUCUGAAAGUUCGGGACACUCAGAUGUGGAGCAGGCUCCAUCAGAGCCAGUGCCCGUCCCCACAGAGGAGCGCACAGACACAGCCCCGAGCAAGAGCUUCUUAAAGGCAGGCCUCUAUUCUGAUGACUACAAGACCACAGACCCCCCAUCACAGAACACACACUUUGAUGCAGAGAGUACAGACUAUUCUCCAGAGGAGCGGGACUACAGCCUGCUGCCUGCUCCCAUCCAUGUCGGGAAAUACCUAAGACUUAAGCGCAUCCAUUUCCAGCUCCCUUAUGACGUUAUGUGGCUCUGGCAACAUGACCAGCUCUGCAGACCGCCUGUGGUCCCUCUGAAGAGAAAGAGACGUUACUGUCGACCUAAAGAGAAGACUGUACCCUCCCAAGGCAAUGAGGAUCAGACUGAAGACAUCACCAGCCUCUUCCCUCACCUUGACAUGGAUCCUUUAAGCAGCUGUGAGAGGAGCUUUGUGGUCCAGCACCAUGUGUUUCUACUGAGGAACUGGGAGCUGGUGAGAGAGCGUCAGAUUCGCCUGAGGAUUGAGCGAGAGAGGCAGAGAGACAGUGAGGAAGAGGAGGAGGAAGAAGAGGAGCGAACGCAGGACCACAGCCACAUCAAGUCAGAUCAACAGAAGGGGGAGGAGAAAAAUUUCAGCAGUGAUUCGCCAAAGAGCCAGGACACCUCCAGCUUUCUCACUGCCAACCCCUGUCCCACAAAAGCUCAGAGCGGACCAGAAGAGAGAGAGGAAGACAAAGGAGAGGAAGAGGAGGUAUGCAGAAAAGAGCAGAGGAGGAAACGCCUCAGUGACUUACUUCUGACACUGCAGCGCUCAUAAGCUAAUACAGGAGGGUGGACACACUGAGGACGGGACCAGGCCCACACGAACAGAUGGACAGGAGAUGAUGUCAUUACGCAGCUACUAUUAAUGAACAAAAACAACCAGGAGAACAAAUAUUAGUGGUGACUGAAAAUGCAUCGGUGACACUUGGAGCAGACGAUUGUGUUUUUGAACGUAUUACUCAGAAAAGACAUCGAACCAAGGCUGAAACCAUGGCAACGCAUCUUUUGGCCAAAAAUACGAUGGAUCGAAAGAAAACAGACCAGCAGACAUGAAUUUGCACUAGUGCUGGAUUGACAAGCACACUAAAGACUGAUCGUAUGCAGAGUUGUUAGACUGUAUAACUACAAGCCUGCACUUCUAAGAUUGCAUUUACUUUGGCACCUUAAGGAAAGACUGACAGUGGCCUGACUAAAGAGAAGCAAUAGGCUAUGUUCACAACAUUUUAAAGUUUGAUGUCAUAUUUCUGAUGGAGGGCAGGGUUUAUCCAUGUUUUUCAGAGCAGUUAAAAAUUUGCACUGUUGCCAAAAACUCAGAGCUUACUAUUCUACAUUUUUAAACAAUCCACAGUCCUCAAAAUGGCAUCUGUAAAGAGGAAACUAAAACCCAUGAAUAUAACUCUAUGGGUAAUUUACAGCAUUUGUCAGAAAUAACCAAGCAGAAAAUCCACAUAUGGUGAAUCCAGGAAUUUUGUCAGUGAUUGAGUCAACAAAUUUGCUGGAAUAAUAUUUUGGCAAAAUGUCAUUUCGACUGAAUACAGUGGUGCCUUUGUUAUUAAAUAAUGUCAUCACUUGCCUUGAUAUGAUUAAUACUAAUAAUAAUAAUAAUUUCACCUCAGUUGAUUUACGCGAACAGAGAAGACUUUGAAAUUUGUGCCAGUAAAAACAUUUUGACCUGCCCUCCAUCUCAAUGUUUAAAGGUGUAAUAAGUAACUUUUCAGGUUUUGCUUGAUUCUGCGGACAUGUUAUUGCUUUGCCUUCUAAAGUUUCCAUAGUGACAUUAAAUCUAUCCAUCUUGCAUUUAAACAAUUACAGGUGUAGGCAAGUGGUGUACCCCUCUCCUGAAAAGUUACACAUUGCACCUUUAACUUUGGACUGAUUAAAAUGUUAUGACAUCAGCGUUGUGAUCCCAGCUUAAUGGUACUUUGCAUUUCAGCUCUGAAGUUUCCAAGAGACAAGGAGCUCAUGAACGCUGCCCCAGGGUAAAAAAUGAAAAAAACUGAAAGAAGAAAUUCCCUGCUUAAGUAGGUCAAAACUGAACUGUCUUUUUCUUGUUAAGCUUUCAAAGUCACGUUGCACCUUUGGGAUAUGACAUGAGGAGGGAGACACGAGCAGAGGUGGGUAGAGUAGCCAAAAAAUGUACUCAAGUAUAAGUACUGUUACUCAAAAAUGAUAGAAAUAAGUAGUUCUGGUGGUGAUCCAAGUUAUUACUCGUAUCACAGAAAAACAUGUUUGGGGAAAACACUAUUCAAAUAAGAGUGAAACCUGGACAUAAUACAGCAUUUUAAUGUAAUCUGACAUAUAAAAUACAGAAUAAUCCACAUAUUCAAAAUGGAAGAUCGGUGUCAUAACAGAAGGUAAAGUGCAAGAAACACCUCAACUGUCAACACAUUCAUGGGUUUCAGCUUCCUGUUAUAUGCACAUUCAGAAGAUGAUGUUUUUUUUUCAUUGCUAAUUACUGUGUCAACGGUCCUACGUUUUCGUCAUUCUGAAACCCAUGGAUAGUUCUUGAUAUAGUUAGGCUUUCUUACAGUAAAAGGAGUAUCCACAACUUUUGCUCAAAUACGAAUAAUGUUUCUUAUGGUCAGAAAACUAAUAGAAGUCAAAUUUUUACUCUAGUUACUCAAGUAAAUGUAACUGAUUGCUACCCACCUCUGGACAUGAGCCAGUUAAAAGCUUUUGAGUCAGUGUUACUUUACCAAGACAGUGUGUGCUGUGUACCAGUGAAUAGACAGGGGAGGGGGUGGGCUUAGACAUAGGAAUUUUGGCAUUGCUGCAACAGAAUUUGUAAUGAGGCUUUAAGAAAAGGAGGAGAGAAGUUAUUUUUUGAAAAAGAGCAGAACUUAGUGACUCUAAUCUGCUAUAAAACAGAUAAAUAUAUGAAUUAUAAGAAUGUUUAUUAAUGAGUAUUUUCAGUAUUAUUUCCUGGUGAAGGGUAAUACAUAUUAUAAAGUGUUUUUGUUUACUUCCGGCUGCCUGAGAAUGUGCCCCUGAGCAGAGACAAUCAGAAUGUCCGUGGGGUGAACAAAAUGUGAAAAAGGAUUUGAAAAAUGCUAUUGAUUUCAUUGCAAAAAGAUCAUCUAGAUUAGUUAAAAUGGCUUAGAAUGUCAAUCUUAAUUUAAGGAAUUUUAUGUUUAUUGGGCUGAUAGAUGUAGGUAAUUUCGCUUGCUUCAGUGCAUAUUUUCUUUUCAAGCUGUUUUAUUUGGGGUUGGACAAUUGCUCUUGCACUAUUUGCAGUUUUAUUCUCUUAUUUCAAGAUGUAUUGUAUUGAAACUACUAAUAACUGUAAAGUGCACGGCGUAACUUCUCAUACGCCACCUGCUUGUCUCCAACAUCUGUCUAGCAAAAUGCCUUGAAAACAUGCACUCUUACUGGGAGCAGGGUCGCCUUUCUACAGGUCUGACCACCUGCUAGGCAUAAACAAUUUUAAUGCCAUAUUGUGGAACAUUCCAGGCAAAGCAAAAAUAAGAAAAACAGACAAGAAGCAGGAUUCCAACAUUACCAAAAAUGUUACGCAGAAAUAAUCUCGCUCAUAUAAGCAAUUAAAUAUAAGCAGUGGUGGAUGAAGUACUCAGUUUUGUUACUUAAGUAAAAGUACAGAUACCGGGUUAAAAGAUUACUACACUUACAAAAUGAUUACUUACAAAAAGAUUACAAAAGAAGUUUAAUAAUGUGCUUAAAUAGAAGUAUAUUGUAUUUUGCAGAGAGUUUUGGAACACUUAAAAGGUGAAAUGUAAUGAUUUUGAUAAUGAGUUUGUCAUUCAAUUGAUUUGUUAAUUUUUCUAGCUGUUUUUUUGUUUUUGUGUAUUUGGUUUGUUGAAAGUUGCGACGUAAACUCAAAUUAAAUGUGUUAAAAUAAGUGUCAGCCUUUUCAGCAGGUCUCAAACUGUAAAGAAAAUUACUUUUUAGUUUUCAGUCCAAAUCUAAAAUGUAGUGGAGUAGAAAGUACAGAUACAUGCUCUCAAAUGUAGUGAAGUAAAAGUAAAAAGUAUCCACUGUAAAAUGUAGCAGAUACCUAAAAUUGUACUUAAGUAUUGUACUUUUACUUUUGUACUUCAUUACCUUCCACCACUGAACAUAAACUUCUAAAACCAUAUAAAUAAACGUUAUUGGAGUAUUUUACCGAUUGCAUAUUUUGUAUACUCAAAUUAAGAUUCUGAAUUCAAGUCAUUUUAACCAAGUCUAGAUAGUUAUUUUUUGUAGUGUUGGCCUAAAAUGCUCUUUGAAAGUGCCAUGCUGUUUAUGUACCUAAGCGAGCUCAUGCAGUCUAUAAAGCAAUAUCUCCUGAAUUAAGGACUAUACGACUUCCUUUGUAAUGUUUUUGUUUGAGAAAUAAGGUCAUUUCUGUACAGCUGCAUAUUACGUUCUUUGUUGUAGGAUUUUGGUACAUUUUUAGUGGAAGAAAAUGUCUAGUUUCAUGUGAAUGUACAUAUGAACUGUUUUUAUUCUGUCCGCAGUAGCCUGUAAUUAGUAAUAUACCUAACAAUACUGUAUGGACUUAACAUAAGCUUUCUUUAGAUUUUUUUAAACAUGACUGACCAAUAUGGGACAGUUCUCUUUAAAUACUGACUAUGAUUGUAUGGGUUAUUUUGUAAAAUAUAUACUUUGUCUCAUUUUAGUCCAGUUUUGGUUGUUGUUCGGACAAUCAGUGAUGACUAUAGCUGUUCUGUGUGUCUGUCUGCUCUUCUUUGUAGUGUGGCUUCUGAUACUAAGCCAAAAAGUGCAAUUUCUUUGACUGUUUACACAAUGUAUAUUUUUCUUCUUUCCUUUUUUAACUAAGAGCACUAUGUUAAUAUGCCAGUGGAUGAUUAACUUUAUAGCAAAGGUACACUAAAGAGAUAUUUAUCUAGUUUGCAUGACAUGUAACCUUUGCCUGUCGUCUCAGAUAAUCUGCAUCUGAAAAACAUUUGGAAACCAUUUUAAAGAUGCGCUGUGUCACUUUUCUGUCGGAGUGUCCACCCCAUGUUUGUUUUUAUUGAGUUGUUAUUGCUUUAUCCGUUAUGUUCCACAGUAUGGCAUUAUCUCCAUGGAGACAGACAGGAGCGUGAUGCCAUCCUGCCGAGUUACAGGUCACAGAUUGUUUUUCAGCAAUAGAAACAGAAUUGAAUAGAUAGGUUUAAUGCCAUACUGAGGAACAUUCCAGGGGAAGCGAUAACAUAUUCAAGGACACGAGCAGGUGGCAGACGCUCAGCAGAAAGGUUACGUAGUGCAGCUUUAACGCCAGAGAAUGUCAGCCUCUUCAUCAUCAACAUAAUAAAAGCAUUUUAUGUCUACUA